AUGUGCAUGAAAAUGCAUGUUACUUUAUUGGCAUUUAUAUUCGUUUUCAUUCUGUCCUCUAUUCAAACGAUUCGGGUUUAUUACCGAAGAAAGUUUAGGUAUUGGAUUGAACGUGGGAUUAAUGGACCAAAACCUAGAUUAUUGUUGGGUACACUGUAUGAGCAGUUGAAAACUCCGUUACCUAUUCUUGAGAUACAAUGGUAUGAAAAAUAUGGCAAACUUUACGGAAUAUACAACGGAAGCAAACCAACGCUGAUAGUGGGUCAGCCCGAUCUGAUCAAAACAAUAUUGGUUAAAGACUUUCACAACUUUACCGACAGAAUGGUAUUGAAAACAAAGCAUCCGAUUUUGGACAAGCAUUUGGUGAACGCGAGGGGAGACGACUGGAAACGCAUUCGAGCGGUUGUCAGUCCGACCUUCAGUUCGGGUAAAAUACGGCGAAUGGAGGCUCUGGUGAGCGCUUGUGUCCACACGUUUGCCGGCGUAUUGGAGACGUACGCCCAGACGGGACAGACCGUCAACAUAAAGGACUUGUUCGGCAACUUCACGAUGGAUGUGAUCGCCUCGUGUGCCUUCGCCACCAAAACAGACACACAUAACGAUCCGCUCAAUCCGUUUGUCACAAACGCCCGAAAGAUAUUCAAUGUGGAGCUGAAGAAGGCGUUACCGUCGCUAUUAUUGCCGACAUUUGUGUUAAAACUAUUGAAAAUACGGUCCAUUCAUAAUGAAAAGGCCAAUGAGUUCUUCUUCGACACCACUCGACAUAUACUAAACAAACGCCGAAAUGCGGACAACAGUAGCGAUAAAUAUAACGAUUUUCUACAAUUGCUAAUCAAUGCCAACAACAGUGAGACGAUUGAUGAAAAUGACGAUACAAAUGAUGAGACGACAGAAGUGGAGACAAACUUGAUUGAAGACAAGACUGGGAAGACUGGGACCACAAAUAGGCACUUAAGUACUGAUGAGAUGUUAGCGCAGGCGUACGUGUUUUUCGCGGCCGGUUAUGAGACCACAGCCAACGUCCUGUCAUUCUGUGCCUACGAAUUGGCACUCAAUCCAGAGAUCCAACAAAAACUGUUUGUAGAGUUGGCCGGUGUUGGCCACGAGUCCGACGGACACCAGGAGUGGUCGUACGAAGAGUUGGCAAAACUACCGCUUUUGGACGCAAUCGUAUCGGAAACCCUACGCCUGCACUCGCCGUUUACACGACUGACCCGAGUGUCAAACACUGAGUACAAGUUGGGCGACAAACAGAUCCCAAUCAAAAAGGGUCACUCCAUAGACAUUCCCAUCUAUGCUAUGCAUCAUUCGGACGAGUAUUUCCCGAAUGCCAAUCAAUUUAUUGCCGAAAGAUUUUUGCCCGAAAAUCGGCACAAAAUAAUUCCCUACACAUACCUGCCCUUCGGCUCCGGACCUCGAAAUUGUAUUGGUAUGAAAUUUGCAUUAAUGGAGACUAAGCUAUGUUUGGCCCAAAUUGUUAGCAGAUUUAAACUAAUCAAAUGUGUGGACACAGAAACACUUCAUUAUAAACGGAUUACACGUCUGUCAACGCCUGACAAAGUUGUUGUUCAAUUAGAAAUGAGAUAAUAAUGUGAUUAUUUACUCACUACUUGUAAAACCUCUGAA